AUGAGCAAUUCCCAAAUUACUUACAUGGAUGUCGACAAUGUCGUCGCUGAGGAUUUUAUCGACAGCGUCGUCACUGAUGAUUUUAUCGACAACUUUGUUGAAAAUUUCGAAGGCAAUUUUGAGAACACAUAUUCGACCGUACUUGCAAACGCCUUAUUACGAGAUAGUUAUGAUGAAAAUGAUGAUGAAAAUGAUGACGAAAAUGAUGACGAAAAUGAUAAUGAAAAUGAUCUAAAUCGGGAUGAAUAUUACAGUUCUUCUAGUCAAGUUCAUUCCAUAACGCAAGAAAAAGAAAAAGUCAUUACACCUACAUCAACUUUCACCCCAUGUAUAGUUUUACAUGUAAUUGACGGAGAGGUGAAACGCUGCAACAGUACAGACCAACCAUGUUCAAUACGUCAACUUGGGGGAAUGUGGGAGAUAGACGGGGAUGACGAUGCAGUUAAAAAUAAAGACACACACCAUUCGCUCGGAGUAUGUCACCAGCAUUUUAUGUUUGAUCAGAAUCAACUUCAUCCUAAACAACAUAAAAGCCGUAAUCGGAUUGUCGAUGGUGACUUUGUUCUAAGUCAUAGUUGUCUUUUUUGCAAUAAAAUAAAAACAUUUUCUUUUAGUCGUGGUAUUGGUUGCAGUGAACAUAUGGCAAAGGUUAAUGGAUAUAAUGUUCAAGUACCUUGCCUAGGCGCUGAUUGUCUAUUUACUGAAGGAUCAAUUGCACAAAGAAAUUCUGCAGGUUAUCGUGCACGUUAUAUCUGUACAACUUGCUUUCAGCAACAGGGUGGACAUUUACGCGAAAAAGUUGGAAGAAAUAAAGAAUUUGUACCUUGUGGAAAACGUGGGGAACACCGUAAUAGUAAUGAUGUAUGCAAUGCAUUAUCUGAUAUAGGAAGAUGGAUAAUGUCUGUAUCAGAAUCAG